UUCAGGCUUCAGUGUGCUUACUAAACCGGCACAGACUGGACGAUAGGGUCACAUUGGACUAGAAUAACGUGUUCCCUCACAGCCAGCUUGGUUUCUUCAAGCAGACAUCCCUCGUGUUUAGACAUCGCCGGGUGUUGACUAAUAUUGUACGAUGCGGACGAACAUGGCUGCGCCCUCUGGACCCGGAGGACCAUCGGUCUCUAACCCUCCUGGAUUUCAAGGCUUUCCUUUCCCCGGCAAACCACCGGAGGACAGCCCUGGGAAAGAGCAGGAGCAGUCGGUGGCUGGGAAAAAGAAGCCAUGUAGAGCUUGUACGGACUUUAAAUCGUGGAUGAAAGUGCAGAGCCAGCAGGCGACAGGUGUUUCACAGGAAAGCAGCGCUGCAGAGACAGAGCAACGGGACCCACAGUGUCCACUGGACAGGGAGGACCUGGGGAGGAACUCUUGGUCCGUUUUGCACACCAUGGCGGCGUAUUACCCGGACCAGCCAUCCUCCACCCAGCAGCAAGAGAUGGGACAGUUUAUUAACCUUUUCUCCAAGUUCUUCCCCUGUGAGGAAUGUGCAGAAGAUCUCAGGACCAGAUUGAAAACCAAUCAGCCGGACACCAAAAGCCGCCACUCUCUUUCUCAGUGGCUCUGUCGGCUUCAUAAUGGCGUUAACGUCCGACUGGGAAAGCCAGAAUUUGACUGCUCCCGUGUGGAUGAGAGGUGGAAAGACGGAUGGAAAGAUGGCUCUUGUGACUGAGUGAACUGAAAGAUGAAGGGAUGAGGCUGCAGCCUCGGAGGGAAAAAUCAUUCUUUCAAAGCAAGAUUGAGCUCACUCAGUCGUCUUUGUGAGAAACUGUGUGAAGAAAUGUUAACGACACUGUGUGAAGAAACGUUAACGACACAUCCAAAGUGUUUUUUUUUCUGUGUUGUGGAAAGAUGACAUCACUAAUGUGAUGAAAUAAAUUGAAAGA